AUGCUCAUCAAAGUCCGUACCCUCACCGGCAAGGAGAUCGAGCUGGACAUCGAGCCCGAAUACAAGGUCGCGCAGAUCAAGGAGAAGGUCGAGGAGAAGGAGGGCAUCCCGCCCGUCCAGCAGCGUCUGAUCUACGGGGGCAAGCAGAUGGUUGACGACAAGACGGCAACCGAGUACCAACUGGAGGGCGGUGCCACGCUGCAUUUGGUCUUGGCUCUCCGUGGCGGCCAAUGA